AUGGCCCAGGAUGCGCGAGGUGGAGAGGUACCCGGCCUGCAAGGGGGAGACAGGGGAGCGAAGGUAGGAAGCCAACACCUGGUACGCGCCUCGGGACGACUAAAGGAUAAGUCACGACCGUCCGAAGGAGGUGGGGGGUGCGUGGGCCGAGCCUCUCUUUGGCUUCGGCUAGUGUGGCCGGGGCUGAGGAGGUGCGGCGCCGGACGAAGCCGCCGACCUGACCGGAGCAAAUGCGGUUUUCCCUCGGACGGUCGCGAGUAUGGAAGAACGACUGACUCGGGCGGCACGAUCACUGCCCGCACCAACGUGGCGAUGGACACCGGGCGGCCUUGA